AUGGACCAAGGAAUAACAACUUCGAUAAAAUCCAAAUUGUUCGAGAAUUUAAACUUUCUAGUUAUUGCCACUGAGAAUGAUGACAUUAAUGAAACCACAAAAGUAGUUACUUUAUUAGAGGAUAAUGGAUGCAAUUCUUGUCUCAUACAUGACACGAAAGAUGAAUCAACUACGAAUGAGUUGACAUCAUCAAAGGAUCUGAAAAAAUGGUAUAUUAAAACAUUUGGUUCGAAAAACAUUCACUUUAUAAUUUCAAAUACAUCAAAUUUUAGGUUUUAUAAGAUAGCAGAAUUUGAUUUUUUAGUCCCUAUAGUGACACCAAAAUGGGUCACUGCUUGCAUUUCCACAAGGAGACACUUGAGGACUUCUUUAUUUUCACCGAAUCCAAAUCAUUUCUUUAGAAACUUCCAAAUUUGUAUUUCAACUUACUCAAUGAAAUUUUCAGAAUAUAUUUUCUAUUCAGAAUUAAUUAAUUCAUUGGGUGGUACCAUCACGCAUGUAAUAAACAAUAAGACAACUCAUUUAAUUGCAAUUGCUAUCGAUGAUCCAGCAAUCAUAGCCAUUAAGGAAAAGGGACAAAAUAAUACUAUAAUUAAGUCUGUUUAUCCGACAUGGUUAGUUCAAUGCUUCAAAGAACGUAAAUAUAUUGAUGAAUCUCCGCAUUUAAUUACAGAAGACCAGAACAACUCUGAACAUUUGGAUGAUAUAUGGAGGUUUGUGUUAGAUGAUGUAGUAUUUUCUGAUUCCAUUAAAUACCAAUUCCUGAAGAAUAAGCGAUUCAUUCUUGCUAUGAAUCUAUCAAUGAAUAAAAACACUUAUAGCUUUUUCUUGCAAUUGAUUAAAAAUUGCGGUGGUUCAAUAGUACGCUAUAUUGAAGAAUCAGAUAUUGAGACUUGUGAUGGGAAUUGUUAUAUAGGUGACAAGAUUGGUACGAAAGAUUAUGAAUUAUCAUUAUCGAAGGGGAAUGUUGAAUUAGGUAAUUUGAUUUGGUUUUUCCACAUGUGGUCCAUUUGUGAAUUUGUUCCACCAAAUACCAAUCUUUUGUUUGAACCCUUUAAGAAAAAAAUAUUUAAAAGUAGUGAAUUGAUUCUAACAUAUACAAAUUAUUUUGGUCGUCAAAGAUCAUAUAUUCAAAGACUGACUGAGAUGUUGGGUGGUAUUAGUACCACUGAAUUAUCCAAAAGAAACACACAUUUAGUUUCAAGAAUGCCCGUAGGCAAAAAAUUCUUUCAGGCCAAAAAAUGGAAAGAUCGGUGCCAGGUUAUAAACCAUUUAUGGUUAGAAAGGACCUAUAAGACAGGGAUUAAACAAGAUCCUAACUCAUCAGAAUUUCAAGAUUUUAAAAUCGAUGAAGAUGAUAUACUUUUGACUUUAGGUCAGUAUAAUUAUAAGUUGAAACAACUAGAGGACUUACAAGCAUUAAAAGCAGAUGAUAUUAUGAAUUCCAAUAAUGGAGACAUGACUCCAAUAAAAAAUGAUGAUGAUAAUGAAGAUUAUAUAGAUACUAUAUUGUCACCGCCAAUCAAGAGCAUAUCUGUUUCUAUUACUGCUACAGAGGCAAAUAAGAAACUGCUUACGAGCUUUGAAGGGAUAUCGAGAGGAGAUGUGAUUGAUAAUCAAUUGAAAGAUGAAAUGGUUGCUUCAAAGGAAUUAAGUAAUAAGGGAAAGCGCAGCAUUGAAACUUCUGCGAACUAUUUAAAGGAAGAGAUACGAAAGAAUAAUGAUGAUGAAGACAAAAGUAGUACACAACAUAAGUAUGAAAAAGCUUUAUUUGAUAACAUCAAAGAAGCCAAAAAUGGCGUGAAUGAAGUGAUUCAACAACAAAAGGAACCCACCCCUGUGCAGUGCACAGCACAAGAUAUUGAGGAAGAGACCAAAUUAAAUAUUAAUGUACACGCUGCUAAAGAAGCCGAAAAUACAAGAACUCUAAAAUCUAAUGAGAUUGUAUUAAAACAAGAUUAUUCACAUUUAUUUGACGGACUAUCUCAAGAAGACAAUGAUAAGGACCAAUUACUGCGAACAAAUGCAAUAACGACAACGCCAAAUAUUAGUAGACAUUCUUCUAAGCUUAAGACGCCUACUGCUAUCGAAAGUAACAGGUCCAGAUCAUUUGAUACUAGUAUAGUUGCAUCUACCGAUAGUAGCGGAGGCUCUGGUAGAAGAGCAGCAAGAGCUAAAGCGGAAAAGAGAUUACAUGAAAGUAUUGAAUCAUUGAAUGAGUUUGAAAAAAAUUCGAAAAAGAAGAGAAUUGGGAAUUUAUUACCUGCUGAAAUUGCAAUUCUUGAAGAGAAAAAGCAAAACGAAAAAUUAGCUAAAGAAAUUGUAUCGAAGCUUCGGAGAGAUGGUGAAAGAGAGAAUGUGCUUCAAUUUUCCAUUAAUGCAAUUAGUACAGGUUGUCAUGAAGAUAUUGGUAUAUUAGAUUUAGAAAUAUUGAAUCAGUUUGGCAUUCGAUUGUAUCCUGAAAUAACAUCAGAUAUAAACUUUAAUACAGUUAUUGCACCUAAGAAGAUGAGAACUGCCAAAUUUUUAAAAAGUUUUAGCUUUCAUCCCUUGAAGAAUAUACUAUUAUCAACGUUUAUUGAUGAUAUUCUAAAAAACAUUCAUAUAGGGAAUAAUGACUUUUUCCAAGGAAUCACUUUAAAUGAUUAUAAGUUAAAAGAAUUCGAUAAUUCCUUGAUAGAGAAGAAGACAAGACAACCUACCAAAUUAUUUGAAAGAGCUGGUAUUGUUACAAUAAAUUUAAUGAAUGAUUUAAUAGGUGGUACAGAAAUUAUAUCUUCUAUUUUGAAAUGCCAUGGAAUAAAACAUACUAACGUUAUAAAUCAUAAGAAAUUCGGAAUUAGUGAUAUCGUAGAAAAUAAAUAUGACAAUACCAAUGACGAAGGUAACAAUACAGGAAAGAAAAGGAAGACGACGAAGAAAAGAAUAAGGUUAAAUGAUGGUAAAUUUAUUGAUUGUCCAAACUAUGUUAUAGUAGCAACGAAACCACUUCAAGCGAAGAAGUUGAAGAAAAUAAUGAAUGCUGAUGAAGAACUCUCAAAUAAGAAUGUGUUAAUUGUUGAUUGGGAUUGGUGUGUUAAUAUGAUAUUUAACCUUAGAUGUUGA